GAGGCGCGGGCGGGGUAGGACGCUGGUUUUGAGCCGGUAACCGGCGGCGCGAGCGCGGAGCGAUGAGUGGGGUGUGAGAGGGGCGGCGGCGCCGUCGUGAUGGCGGAGCAGAGGCGGAGGCUGGUGCGGCUGGCGGUGCGGGAGGAGCUGCGGGCCUCCUACGGGAUCAAGGUGAAGAGCGGGAGCUGCCCAGCAGCGGCGGCCAACCAGCCGGGGGCGGCGGCUGCGGAGGGUAAAAUCUUUGGAAUAUCUUUUCAUGCGUUACCUCAAUCACUUGUGCCAGAAUAUGGUUAUAUUCCAAGCUUUCUUGUAGAUACUUGUGAAUAUUUGGAAGAACAUGUUCAUACCGAGGGACUCUUCAGGAAGUCUGGAUCUCUUGUUCGUUUAAAAGCUUUAAAGAGUAAACUGGAUCAAGGUGAAAACUGCUUCUCAGCUGCACUGCCAUGUGAUGUUGCAGGGCUUCUUAAACAGUUCUUUAGAGAGCUGCCAGAACCCAUCCUUCCACUGCACCUGCAGGAAGGCCUUUUCAAAGCUCAAGAGCUCGGAAGUGAGAAGAAAACUGCAACUGUGUUGCUGUCGUGUUUGAUGGCUGACAGAACAAUUGAAGCUUUGAGAUACUUUUUCAACUUUCUGAGAACUGUGUCCCUAAGAUCCAGUGAAAACAGAAUGGAUAGCAGUAAUCUGGCAGUGAUUUUUGCUCCCAACCUAUUGCACUCAAAUGAAAAUGAAAAGAUGUCAGCCAGUACAGAAAAAAAACUUCGCUUGCAAGCUGCUGUUGUGCAAACAUUUAUUGACCAUGCAGCAGAAAUUGGACAAGUACCAGAAUUUAUCUUGGAGAAGAUUCCUCUGAUGUUAGGUGUUGAUGCUUUUCAGUCUACUCCCUCACUGUGUGGCUACGAAGACAGUGAAAAUGAAUCUCCCAGUGAACGUAAGAAAAAGAGGCACCGAAGUGUUGGGGAUAUUGUUAGUGGAGCACUGAAUAAAUUUAAAUCUAACAGAACACCCUCCACUACACCUCAACAAGACAGAAGCGUCCUGUCAUCGGUGACUCCAGUGGUUUUUACUCCAAGUACCAAGCGUAAACUUCCAACUGAUUGCUCUCAGGGCUUGUCCAGCAAGAAGAGACGAUCUUUUAAGCAUAGUUUUGCUUUUGAGUUGUUACCAAGUAGCAUUUUUAACAGCAGCUCAACACCAGCAUCAGUUCAGUUUGAAGCCAGCCCUUGUGUGUCUCUUGAGUCGUCACAAACCUCCUUGUCUCCUUCAACUGGUGGUGAAAAUCAUCUGUCUAGUACAGGGAACAGGAGAAGUAAAAGACAUGCAAACAAAAAAUUAUACAGGGCUGAAUCAGGAAAGACAGGUUGUUUUUCUCCAAAGAUUAGCCGAAAAGAAAUGGUUCGUAGGUCAUUGCGCUUGAAGUUUGGUUUGGGGAAAAGCAACAGAGAAAUAAAUAUUGCAUCGGGAUGUGCGGUUGGUAAUAGAUCUGAAAAUAUUGGAAGGCGUCUUGCAAGUCAACAAGGUUUGGAAAGCAGAACUGAAUGUGCAAAAAGAGGUGUACUUUUCAGCCCAUGUGUCAAUGAAAAGUUCUCUAAGAAAGGUUCAAAGAAUGUGAGCAAGUCAGAAGAAAACUUGCUAACUCCAAAAUGUCACGAUAAAAUAGUUCACCGAAUGUCAUGGACUAAUCCUACUGUUACGGAUUCUCAAGUGAUCAUUCGGAAUGAGGGAACUCUGCCAGGACACCCUGAAAUAGGAGCUGGUUCUUCAGAAUCUGUUUUGAUAUUUGGAAAGCCACCAGUUGUUCCAGAUGAACUCAAAUCCACAACUGUAAGCAAACAAGACAACAGCUUAGAACUCUUGCUUUGUGAAGAGGAAAGUAAUUCAACUGCAGAAACAUUACUGAAAGUUAAGGAAGCCUUCUCUGCAUCUGGAAGUAAUCUUCACAAUUUGAUAGGUGAUACAAAAUCUUCCCUCUCAGAUGUAGCAGGUGAAACAUUGAAUGAAAGUCUGUGUCUCAGAGGGUGCAGUCCAGAGAAAGAGUUGUUGGCUGAAGAAGCUUCUGAAAAUCUAGCAAAUACAAAAUCCAGAGACAUGUUGCACCAAUUUAACCAAUCUUAUGCUGUUGAUAAACAGCAGUCAAAAAAAGAUGAAAUUAAGGUUUUGGAGAAAAGAAACUUCAAAACUUCUAUUGAGAUUGAACUUCAGGUCCCAAAACCAGAUAUAAAAAAUGUAACAGAACCUCCUGUGCCUCAAGUACCGGCCAGGGAAGAGAAGUUGACUGUUCAGAGCAGUUCAUCAAAAGAUGACUUAAACAAAUCAGAUUUCAUUAGAAGAAAAGAGGAAAUAGAACUAACACACUCACAAACAGCUGGAAACUCUAUGGUAAAAUGCUGUAAUUUGGAAGAAGAUACUGCUGAACUUCCUGUGGUAGGACAGCUUCCUACUACUUCGCGGUUGCCUAAGUCACAAAAGGAAGUAGGCAACCAAUACUUGCGAGCUGAAAAUUCCGGUAAAACUUUGACUAAGACAUCAAGUGCUUCUGACCAUGGAAAGGUUUCUGAUCACAUACAAUGGUUCAACAAGCUUUCAUUAAAUGAUCCAAGUUCUGCAAGCAAAACUAAACCACCUCUUAAGUUUCAACGUACUCCUGUUAGGCAGUCUGUAAGAAGAAUAAAUUCCUUGCUGGAGGAUAACAGACGAUCUGUAAGCUCUCAGCUGCUUAAAGCAAGUGAUGUUGGCUCACCACUUGUUAAAUCUUUGAGCUAUGAUUCUGCACUAUUCUCCUGCACAGAAAAGCCCUCAAAGAAUUCUGUGGCUUUGCCACUCAGGAGUGAAAGUACAUAUGACCAAGUUUCUGUAUCUCGUAAGCAGCUAGACUUAACAUCCAAAUCAUGUUGCAGGCUGUUAAAGCCAUCAGACAAGCUUGAUGUUUCUGUCAAAACUGCUGGAAUCCACGAACAGAAAGUGACUGUUCAUCCAUCAAAGUCGGUUCUAGAAGAUCUAACCAAUCACGAAACAGUGAAAUCCAGUUUAAAGGUUAAUGGAAAUGUAAAUAUUCCAGGUGCUGCCCCAGAAAAAGCUACGAUCACAAGAAGUGCUUCAGGAAAAGAAAGAGUUCGUUAUAGAGGCUCUCCAAAGAAUCCAAUAUCUAAAGUGAAACUGCUUCCAACUGCAAAACCAGUAGACUUAUGAGAUCAAAUAUGACAGCUACGUGGGCUUACUGAAACUGGUUAACCUUUGGAAAAUCUAAAUUUGUAUGUUUUUAGCUCUAAUUAUUUGUGAUGUACAAGUGAUGGACUUGUACAAAUAACAACAUUUUAUGUUGAGGCUUUCUACAUUUACUGAAACGUUUGUAAAUGCUAGUCAGGUCAUCCAAAUGACUUUGAUUUCUAAAACAAAAAUAACCUGUUUUUACAAAUGUUUGUGUUAAAUCUCAUAUUUAAUUUCUCUGUUCCUAAAAACAUGGUGCAUCUCCCAAAACAAUUUUUGCAGUAUUUAGACUAAGUACCAAGUUUAAAAAAAAAAAAUUCUCAGACAUAUAAACCAAAACUAACAGAUACAUGAAAGAAAAUGUCUUGAUGCUGAGUAUGGACAGUAAAAUUUAUCUAUUACUUCAGUUUUAAGUGUAUUGUAGCACUACUUUGAUAUCAAAGUUGGACCUUACCCCAGUUCUACUUGUUUUGAGACAAUGGGUUUUAUUUCUGUUGGAGUAAAUGGGGAGCAUAUUUUCCUCGCUGUGUAGGUAAGAGUUGUAUUUUGACAUGUGUACACACACACUGGAGAAUUAUUAGAACACAUGGAAAAUAAACAUAGUUAUUGAAGUGAAAAGUCUUAAAACUCCAUCCAGCAAUGUGUUCUCUAAUAGGUACCAAGUAUUUUCAGCUGUGAGCAGUAAAAUGUUUUAUCUUAGUAUGAAAGUAUGGUUUUAACUUAUUUUUAGAGUUAGAGUGGUGUUAAGUAGCGGGUGCAGAAGCAGCGUUUAUAUGCUGAUAAUGUUGCAAGAGGUGAACGUCAGAAGCCAUAGCGUGUUAAAAGUCGAUUUGCACAAGCCGUUGUUUACAUCUUUUGGAAUUAAAACCGUUUGUCUGUGUCAUCAGUUGUAAAAUUAUUUAAGAGUAGACACUUGAAACUGUUCAUUAGUUUUCUGUAUAUGCAGAUUGCUUAUUGGCAAAAUGUAAGAGCUGAAAGCACUGGAUACUUUUGGUUUUAAUAAAACCAGUGGUUUUGUCCCUCU